GUUAGCUUAAAAAUCUUCCUCUUUUAAUUGAUUUUCAAGUUCUAUUUUAGAAGAAUUUUAGUGUUUGCUUUUGUUAUUCAGAGUUUAAAGUUUUCCGACUGUAUGUAUACCUAAUUUCUCAAGAAAUCAUGUGAAUUUUUUUCUUCUGUUACUCUAUUUUUUAUCUAAACUUUAUAUUUGCCACUUUUCUAUUUGGUUACUUGCUAGACAGAACUUUCUUUGAAAUUAUUUUUUUUCCUUAAUAUUUGACUUUCUACUUCAAAAUGUUGAAAUAAAAUAUUUAUUAUUUAACGCAGCUAUCAAUUCGUGCUUGUAUCUAUUACAAUUUUUCUUAUCCGGAGAUAAUUAAAGAUAAAUUUUUUAUGCUAAAAUAACAGCUAAAACAAUGAUUUCGGGGCGUAAAGCUAACAACUAUGAAUAUUAAAAAAAAAAUAAUCACGGUUUCCGUUUCCUGUAGAAAUUUUCGACAAAAAUAUUUUAAUACUCAUUACAAUAUGCUUUCUGAUCAUUAUAUCCUAACAAGUGUUUUAAUAAUAGUAGGAUUUAUAUUUUUGUCUCACAUUACUCCGGUAGAGGGUCAAUACGACGAUGUUAGGUGUAUAUGCGUAUGUCCGAAGAAUACUACAGAACACCCUGUCCGAAAAGUAUCCGUACUAGAUCCGGGUGAUUGCCAAUGCGAUAAAGUUGUUAAUCCACCCAACAAAGAAGUAUGUAAGACCUGCGAAUGCAAAUGGCAAAGACGAAAUACAACUACAAUCAAAGUGGUGGUAAUAAUAAUCAUAUGCAUCAUGGGAAUUUUAACUUUAUAUUUACUAUUCCUGCUAUGCCUCGAUCCACUUAUGUCGAAGAGGCCACGCUCUUAUUUAGAGCAUCAUGAUGAAGAGGUGAAUUUGGUAACUAUUUUCCAUGCGUCCGUAACGCAUUAUUCGCAUGCCUUUCAAAUCUCUUUUUGAGUUUUAAUUUUCUUUGGAGUUUGACUUGAAUUAUUUAUUUAUGUUAUAUUUUACUCCGACUUAUCCAUAAACAUACUGUUUUAAUAGGAUGAUGGAUCAGUUACACAUAGCAGGCGCGACGUUCAGCCAAUGCAACGAAGAUCGGGUAUUGUAUCUCGGGUAAAAAUGGAAAUGUCUCGAGUAAAAGGCGAACAGGAACGAUGGAAACAAACUGUACAGCAACAAAGGCGAAAUAUUUAUGACAGUCAUACGAUGUUAAAUUAAGUGAACAUUUACUAUGUUCAUUAUGUACAUAAAUUCUGUUUUUUUUUUCUAUUCAUCCUCAAAGUCACCUUCAUAGUCAUUACAGACAGAAGAUAUACUUUCAUUUAUUAACAAAUUUGCGGAAAUAGUUUCUUUUGAGCCUCUUUCUG